GCUGGCGCUCGGGCUGAAUUGGGUGCAGAGUGGAAGCGCAGUCCGUGUGACUCUGUGUCUGCUGCUGUGUUCCUGGACCGAGAGCGGUGUCUGCACCGUCCAUCCCGACGCUUCAGAUGGAGGUAUUUCCUGAAGUCAGAGCGAUCAUUGAUUUAAACAUCUUCAAGGACAAGGCAAAUGAGGCAUUGAACAUUAUUCAAUCAGGCAAAUCAAUUGAAAAGUGUAAGAAUUAUGGAAAUAGUUAUGAAGUUAUUGAUUCAUUUGAAAAGAUUAAUGACAUUCACACACAGCUAUUGAAACUCAAAAUGAGGCCCUCUGCAGCGGAACCUACCAGGUCUUCUCGAACAGAAACUAGCAGGUUCUCUGGAGCAAAAUCUACCAGGUCUUCUGGCACAGAGUCCAUUAGACCCUCUGAUGACAAUGCCACCAGACCCUCUGAAUUCAAUUCCGCCAGGUCUCCUGAUGCAGAGUCUGCCAGGUCCUCCUCCCAUUUUGAGUUACCAGUAAAUGAAACAAUUCUAAAUUACAUUAGAGAGAUUUAUGGGAGCAAGUUGCAAAAGUUAGAGAAAGACUUUGAUGUUUCCAUAAAGAUGAACCCUUCUGGAGACAAUAACGUUACAGUCCAGUAUACAAGUAACAAGAAUGGUUCAGUGUCCCGUGGGGCAACAGAUUCAUUUUUGACUCUGUAUCAACAAGUUGCGACAAACUUGAAGAUGGAAAUGAUAAAGAACCCAGGCAGAAGAACAAUAAAGAAGGAUACUGGAGCAUCUCUGCAAAAGAAAUUUCCAAAGGUUUUGCUUAUUCCUAAGGAAACAGAGUUUAUUAUAAUGGGAGAGCCUGCUGAUGUCAGUAGCUACGCACAUAUCCUGAAAUCUGAACUCGACCAAUUGGAUAGCUAUUCAAUGCCUGAUGCAACAAAUUCAAAGAGGAGACCACCUUCAUCAUCGGAAUACAAAUCUAAGAUGUAUUCAGCUUCAGCAAGUAAAUUGGAGGCUAAGGGUGAGGACUCGACCUGCCCAAUUUGUUUGGAAGAAAUUGAAGAUCGAGAAACUUUAAAAAAAUGUAAACAUUCAUUCUGUAAGGACUGUAUAAAUGUGGCUUUUAAAACAAAGUCUGCAUGUCCUAUAUGCGGAGAAUUGUAUGGCGAGAUAAUUGGUACUCAACCUGAGGGUGGCAGGAUGUCUUCCAGAAACAUGCCAAUGAGCCUUCCUGGUUAUGAAAAAUUUGAAACAAUUGAGAUACACUAUACAAUACCAGAUGGCAUUCAGGGGGCAGAACAUCCUCACCCUGGACAAAGAUAUUAUGGCACAACACGUACUGCAUACCUGCCAGACAAUGCUGAAGGAAGAAAGGUGUAUAAGUUACUGAGGCGUGCUUUUGAGCAAAGGCUGAUCUUCACUGUUGGAACAUCUAGUACUACAGGGAGAAGUAAUGUGGUAACAUGGAAUGAUGUUCAUCACAAAACAAAUACAAUGGGAGGACCAUCAAUGUUUGGGUAUCCUGAUCCAACCUAUCUGGCACGAGUGCAGGAUGAGUUGAAGGCCAAAGGCAUAUACUGAAAUAUGAUGUGGAGGUGUUGGUGUUGGAUAGGGGUGGACAAGGUCAGAAGUCACAUGACACCUGGUUAUCGUCCAA